UUUCAGGUACUCAGGAGAGUUCACCCCCCACGACACCUGGAAGUGGUAUGACCCACUCACCAGAGCUUCACGGGGGUUGCGGAACGUACAACGAGCAAUGGAGAGGAGGAGACAGGCCGGUGCCCUCGCCGCGUCUGUCAUGUUCUUAUUCGGAUAAAAGAGACAAAAGAAGAAAAAAAAGAAGCUUCAAGAAGACGAAGUCCGAAGUGUGAACUGGUUUUCGCCUCCUGUGAUAUGAUGAUACAAUAUGGACAAGCUGCCCUGGAACAGAUAAAAAGUGAAGGCUAGAGACAGCGAGGGGGAAAUUGAAGCAGUAUCACAGUGAGAGCACCUAUCGCAGACGUACAGAAGACAUCAUGUCCACCUCGGUAAAGCAGGAGAGAACCAUUUGUGUUCUCCUCCCCAACAAAGAGCAAAUGGACAUCACAGUCAGGCCAAAGUCCACGGGGCAGGAUGUUUUCAAUCGUGUGGCGGAGCUCCUCGGAGUCAAAGAGCUGUACUUCUUUGGCCUCACAGUGGUGAGGGACAAUGAGCACAUAUUUCUAGAUAUGGAGGAGAAACUGACCAAGUACUUUCCCAAGGAAUGGAGGCAAGAUUCAGGAAAGGCACUACAGAAGAGACCUUUGCCUCUAGUACUCUGCCUCAAAGUGCAGUACUAUGUGGAGAACGGUCGACUCAUUUGUGAACGGAAGGCACGGCAUCUUUACUACUCAGAUUUGCGCGAGCGCGUGCUUCGCUCUGAAUGUCGUCAGCAAGAGGAGGUUUACUUCCAGCUGGCGGGUUACGCCCUGCAGGCUGACCUCGGUGACCACCCGCUGCCCAGGGAGUGCACAGAGAUCACCCCUUACUUUGAACCCAAGGAUUACUUUCCCCCCUGGAUUGUAGCUAAGCGUGGCGUGAACUACCUCGUCUGCCACGGGCCCAAAGUGCAUCAGGAGCUGUGGGGCAUGUCUAGCCGUGACGCCAUCUUGCUCUUCCUCAGGGAGUCUUGUCGACUGGAGGACGUACCUGUCACGUUUUACAGACUGCAAAAGGACAAAAAGGAGGAGAGGGGAACGGCGUUGCUCGGUCUGACCCUGCGAGGAAUGCAGGUUUAUCAGGAGGUUAACAACAUGCGACAGCUGCUGUAUAACUUUCCCUGGUCAAACGUGGGACGUCUCACCUUCCUGGGUAAGAAAUUCGAGAUCCAGCCAGAUGGCUUGCCAUCAGCUAGGAAGCUGGUUUACUACACCGGCUCAUCGUUCCGCUCUCGCCACCUCCUCUUGCACCUGAGCAGCAGCCAUCGCCUCUACCUCAGCCUCCAGCCCUCCCUCAAACACCUGCGGCAGCUGGAGGAGAGCGAAGAGAAAAAGCGUUACAGAGAAUCGUACAUCAGUGAUGACCUGGACUUGGACCCUCCCGGCAGUGAGAGCAGCCCCGGUCUGUCUCGUCACUCAACCAGCAGCUCUGGAAUCGAAGCUGACGCCCGCCAGCACAGCAUCUCCACAGAGAUGGCCUCCAUGGAGGAAGACAGUCAGCGGCAAAGACAGCAGUGUUUCAGCUUGGCAGUCUGCCGCGGCAGCUCGUGUACCUCCGGGUUCGAUGCCGGCAGUAAGACUCGAAAAAAAGAUGAAGGGUGGCGAGAAGAAGUGAUCAAGACCAGCAUCGGAAGUCCGAAGGAGGUUCUUGUGGACGAUCCCGAUGAGAUGUUCCAGUUGGCUGAUCUUCUUGAAGGGGUGUCAGUGGAUUGUGCAGAACUCCCCUUAGACACUCCCUCAUCAGAAAACAAAAUGCCUUCCCCAGACAGUGAUGAAUAUGUUGGGAGAUUACACACUGAAGAUAUUUUAAAACAGAUGCUGAAAUCGAGGGCGCACGUUUGCGUGGAUCGGCACAGCCACAGUCUAGACGACAUCAGGCUCUUCCCCCCUCCGGCGCCCCUGGGGACGACAUUGCCGCCUGAUUCCUCCCACAGCUACACCUUUGGGUUCCCAGGUCUCUCUACAAACCCAAAGACCCCUGUUGAUAGCAGUUAUUUCCCCCUUUUGCACUGCCAAGCCAAACCUUCAUUCUACGGCCGCAGGUCUACCAACAGCCUUUCUCUGGACAUGUUAGGCGACGAACAUUUCCUGGAAUUCUUACUUUGAGUGUGUGAAGCGCUGAUGUCCAUGAAUACGCCUGUUCUCUUCCUUCAUUUAUGGUGCAACUAGACUUAUAGGUUGCCAACACAUGAAUGUCUGUUUUCUGUGCGGUGGUGAUUAAAAUGAGGGUGUGCAUCAAUUUGCAGAGAGACGUAACUGAAAAUGACGGGAACCCUCACUCCCUUUAAAGCUGUGGAUUAGACAACAGAUCUAAUCAAGCAACACUUCAAUCAGAAACAAACCAGAGCAUAUUUAUUAAUGUUGUAUAUUGUGUACACACGACUUGCACUAUUUUAUUACAUUUCAUCUUCUUUGAGCAAAAGCAUUUUAAUCAGUUUCAUUGUCUUUUGUAAAGUUUAUGCUGUUCUGAAAUGUCUGAAAUAUCUGAGUAGGUUAGGGUUGUGGGCAUAAAGUUUGACAGUAACGGAUGUUUUGAAAUUCAGAAAAUGGGACUUACAUUACUUUUAUCAGCCUUUUCUUUUUUUUACGGAAACACUUUCUUUUUCUUUCCUCCGUCUCCAGAAGCCAUGAUGCUAAUGUUUGUGCUCAUGUAUUCCCUCGUCCUAUAUUUUUUUAAACCGUAUUUUAUAUUGUACUCUAUUUUUGUACAGUGUGCUCUGUCAUGCAUUUCCUAUUAGUCUGCCACAGCAAUGUAGCUGCUGAUGUGGAAAAUUGAACUCUUUUACAGCGGGUAACGCAUUCAUCCAAAGCUCCCCCCAUUUGAUACUCUCCUCCUGCUUUUCAUAAUUACAACAGAAAAGUAUUAUUUGUAAAGUGCUAUUUCUGUAACCAGCUAGUGUGUAAUGAAUCUGCAGUAUUUUUGCAUUACGCAACCUCCCACCGAACAAAGAGCCUUUCAGUCAUUUUUGUUUUGACAUUAUUUUCACCGUUUUGUGAAUGAUAAUUAUGCAAAAAUAACCGAUGUCUUUAGCCAACAUGAUGUCACUGGAAAAGAAUGUCAGCCUUUAAAUACUCAAUGCCAAUAAUGUAUGUGAAUAACUGACUGUUAAACCACAACACUGAAAAAUUAAUUUAAUCUAUAGCACCCUUUUUUUAUCAUAGUGAAAAUAAAUUCUUAAUACCACUAAA